AUGGUAGAGGAGAACAACGGUAAAGCGGUUCAGCGUAAGGAGAUAGAGGAUCAAAGGCUUAGACUGGUUUUGGCGGACGAGGAGGAGUCGGAUGCGGAAGGACCGGUGAGUGCGCGGGAGGAGGGGGAGCUGGCGGCGGAGGGCGCAGCGGAAGAAACGGCGGAGGUAACAAUUGCGGAACGAGACGCCGAGACCGACACGGAGACAAAGGAGACGCGGCUCCGUCGAUUCCUCGAUGACUCCGUUGACUGCGUUGACUGUACCGAACCUGCUGAUUGUGCUGAUGGCUCCCGAAUGGAAGACUCGAGCGUGCCGGGAGCCGUUUCUGCUGCGGUCGCUGCUGAUGCUCCGACCAAGCGCACGCGGAAGAAUGCACGGAAGGCUCGGGGGAAGAAGGCGGGUAAGAAGUCCGCGGGAAAGAAACAGCGCAACAGCGUUGCGGAAAACGAACGGCGAGUGCAGCAUGCCGACGAGGCGGCAGCCGAGGCGCAUGCUGACGUGGCGUCCGAACCCACCUUAGCGAAGGGACCUAGCGGCUUGCUGGCGUCCCCGCUGGCGUCGGCUGCGGAGUCCGCACCGGCGGAAAGGACUUGCGCGGAGGCGGAAAGCAGGAGUGGAAAAGCAACGGAGGGACACGACGCGGAGCUGACGCGAUCGGGAGUGGCGGAAGGCAGCGCGAUGGCGGAAAACAGCGCAGUGGCGGAAGGCAGCGCGGGGGCGGAAAACGUGGCGCAACGCCUGAACGCCCAAGGCGCGGGAACGGCGGACGAGGCGGAAUCGAAAGCGGGAGCAACACACGAACAUCGUAAUCUUACCAAGGUGACUACUAGCGAAUCAUGCGGUGAUGACGUGGAGGAGGAGCUGCACGCGUGCCUGGCGGGAAUGGCGGCGGAAGAGGAGGCGGAUAUCCGGCGGGAGCUGGAUGAUGCGCUGAUUUUUGGUUCAAGCGACGGGGAAGCGGGAGAGGCGGAAGCUGAGGAGAACUGGGGAGAAGAAAGAGGAGCAGGAAGAGGGGAGGAAAGGAUGGGGAAAGGAGACCGUGAAGGAGAAGCAGAUGUGGAGUUUCUUAGAGAAGAUUGUGGAGAGAAAGGGGAGGGAGAAAGGCGGGAGACGGAGAGGGGUGAGCGGGGUUCGACUUUGGACGUUGGUGGAGAAACUGAAGGUGAGGGUAGCGAGUGUAACGAUACGUUUCUUGAGCUGGAAAUCGAUUUGAUUGCGCUGCAGGAAGAGGCGGAGAAGGCGGAAGAGGAGGAGGAAGAAGAAGAGGAAGAAGAGGAAGAGGAAGAGGAGGACGGGGCGGCGGGAAUUGCGGAGGAUGAGGCGGGGGAGUGGAAGGGGGGUGACCCAGAGGAGGAUACGGUACUGGUCGAUGGAGCGGGAGCGGAAGCGGAAGCGGAGGCGGAGGCGGAAGCGGAAGCGGAAACGGAGGCGGAAACGGAGGCGGAAGCGGAAGCGGAAGCGGAAGCGGAAGCGGAAGCGGAAGCGCCGUGCGAAGAUGAUGCAGACGCCUCGGGAAGCGCGGCGGAAGCAGCGGCGCUGCAGCAGCAGGAGGUGCGCAUCGAGGCUGCGGCCACUUCUGGGAGAGAGGAAGCGGGAGAAGCGGAUAAUAAGCAGGAAAACGGAGAAAAUCAUUUUUCGAAAGAGAAGGACCCGGAAUGUGUCUUUGAUGCGCCUCAGGAGCGAGUUCGUUCUCCGGAGCGAAUUCGUUCUCCCGAGCGGGCUCAUCUUGCGGAGGAGGAGGACGCGGAAUGGAUUGCGCUGCUCGAGGAGAGCCUGGCCGAACGCGCGCGGGAGCGGCAGCGGGAGGCGGCGGAACGAGAUGCCGCGCAGGUUGCGGGCGGCGGCGGUGUAAAUCCCUUUGCGAUAGCGCUGGGGGAGAGCGAGGCGGAGGGCGAGGCGGAAUUGGAGGCGGAGAGCGGGGCGGAGGUGGAGGCGGAAGUGGAGGCGGAGAGCGGGGCGGAGGUGGAGGAGGAAGUGGAGGCGGAGGGGGAAGCGGAGGACGACGGGGAGAGUGAGGCGGAAGAAAUCGAGAUGAUCAGCCCGCGAGGAAGCGCGCUGAGCAGCGGAAUUGCGCUCGCCGCUCCGCCGUGUGAGGUGGUGACGGUUGGUGUAGAGGAGAGUGUGGACGAAAGUGACGUGGAUGACGACGAGAGUGACGUGGAUGAGGACGGGAGUGACGUGGAGGAGGACGGAAGUGACAUGGAUGGGGAGCAGAGUGACGUGGAGGAGAGCGACGCAGAAGCGGAUGAGAGUGAGGUGGAGGGGCAGAGUGACGUGGAAGAGGAGCAGAGUGACGUGGAGGAGAUCGAGAUGAUCAGCAACCCGCGGAGUAUGGGGGGAAGCGAGAAGGCGGGAGGAGAGUUGGCCGAUGAAACCAAUGGGGCUGAUGGGGUGGAGAUGAAGGGGAGGGGAGAGGAGAAGCAAGAGGAGGAAGACGAGGAAGAGGAGCGCGGGAGGGAGGAAGGGGAGAUGGAAGUGGAGGAGGGAGGCGCGGAAGCAGCUGUGCUUUCGCCCUUCCCGUCGCCCCUCCCUUCCCCACACCACUCCGACGCCUCUUGCCGGUCAAGUGGAUCCAAGCAUUCAGCCAAGUCAAUCAGGUCAACGGAAUCCAAGCACUCGGUCAAGUCAAAGCAGUCAAUGGGAUCAAGGCGAUCAGCAAACUCACGAACCUCACACGCGGGGUCAAACAAGUCAGACAGAUCCCCAAAAUCAAUCCAGUCAACGCACUCCAAGGCGUCAAACCGAGCAGCUGCCGCCCAGCCUUCCACCACUUCUGCCGCCCAGCCAUUCCAUCUCUUCACCACAGUGACGUCACCCACCAAGCCCUUCUCCCUGCCGGCCGCUGCUGACGUGGCAGUGUUUCGGUUCGGUAAGGCCGAGAACCAGGGGAGUGAGAGAAGGGGAGGGAGGGAGAGGAGGAGGGUAGGAGGACGGAUAGUAGCAAGUAGGGUAGUGGGAAGAAGGGGAUUUGGUGAAGGAAGAGCAGGAGUGGAAGGAGAGAAGGAAAAGAGCAGCAGUGGGAAAGGAAGGGGCGGGGAGAAGAGGAGAGUGAGGAAGAGGCAGCGCGUGAGAGGAGAGGAUUCGGAUGGGAGUGAGAGUGAGGGGAGUGACGCCCUCUCCGCCCUCUCUGCCCACUCCGCCUUCCCCCCGCCCAGUCCCUCCACGUCCUUCCCCUCCCCCGCGCUCAGCGCGCACCACCUGCUCUCCGCCUUCCCCCCGCCAUCCCCUGACGCUGCCCUGCGCUUCCUCUGCUCCCCCUCCUUCCCCCCGCCCUCCCCUGGGUGGCCCCUGCGGAAAAUCCGCGUGGUGGGGGGGAACCGGCGCCCUGUCUACUCCCCCGUGCAUAGGCUCAGCAGGGGGGGCGCGGGGGGGUCAAGGGGAGGGGGGGAGGCGGGCGGGAAUAGGUGCGGGGGGGAGGAGGGCGCAGGGGGGUGUGGGAAGUGUGGAGGGGAAUACAAGAUGUGUAGGCCUUUGGGAAGGCUGGAGGAGGGAGAGGGGAAUGAAGGGGAGGAGGGUGGGAGGAGAGGAGGGAGGGGAGAUGGGGGAGAGGCGGGGGAAGGGGGUCGAAAGAGGAGUGUGAAGGCGAGAUGGAGCAAGGUGGUGUCGGUGCCUGCUUCCAUGUUCACUCGCACCGAGUUUGACACGAGGAGGACUCGCUCGGAUAAGACAGGGGCGACCGGGGCAACAGCAACAACAGGACGUCCAGCAGCAGCAGCAGCAGCAGCAACGACAAUAAGCAAGCAGGAGGGCGAGAAGGGAAGCAGCAACAAGAGGAAACCGCAGAGCGUUCUGAAGAGCAUUCGGAAGAUUCGACUGCGGCCGGUCGUCAUCCUUCUCGCAUACUGGCGGGCCAUACGUAACAGCACACGGCCAGGCUUCAUCUUCAGCAAGGCAAUCAAAUCCGCACCAGUAAGAGCAUAUCCUCUUUACAGUCUCAAAUGUACUUCUUGGCAGCGGAUUGGAACACUAUAA